UCCCGCCCCGCCCUGGGCCGCGAGGCGCGGGCGGGGCGAUGGCGCGCGGGAGGGGCGGGGCCACGCUGCGGGCCCGGGCCAUGGCCGCCGCCGAUGCUGAGGCGGUGCCCGCGAAGGGGGAGCCGAAGCCAGACUGCGGCAUGAAGACCGAGCUGCUGGGAGAGGAAGAGAUCUCCAUGGCUGCUGAUGAAGGCUCAGCGGAGAAGCCGGGAGGAGGGGCCCAUGUGGCCGCAGACGGGGCUACCAACGGGUCCUCAGAGAGGAGUGACGCCAGCAGGCACGCCGGCGCAACCGUGCACACACAGGAGCACACGAAAGCCAGCCCGCAGGAAGGUCCCAACACACUGACCCGGGUCGCAGAGAACGGGGUUUCAGAAAGAGACACUGAAGCCGGGAAGCAGAACCACCACGUCCCAGCCGACGACCCCACACAGACGGCCGUCGUCGGGAGCAACGGCUACUUCCUGAGCAAGCCGGCCCCACAGGAGCCAGCUCCACGGGGCCCCAGCACCCUGGUGCCCUCCCUCCCCGGGCAUGCCGCAAAGACCCUGCCGGCUGCGGCCGGCAGAGGACGGACUCCCAGCAUGCUCUCCCAGAUGCCAGCCGCCAUCGCGCCAGCCCGGCCCGGGGAAGGGAGCAGAGACCUGGAGGACAAGAAGCCCGUGGCCCCCAGUGCCGAUGUCAAGGUUCACAGGGCUCGGAAGACCAUGCCGAAGUCCACCCUGGGCCUGCACGCAGCCGGCAAGGAGCCCAGAGACGCCCGGGAGGCUCGAGAGCACGAGGAGCCGGCCGGGGAGCUCGGCAGACACGCGCCUGACUUCGGACGGCAGCAGCUGCUGCCCCCCUUCCCCCCCCUCCACCAGUCGCUACCUCAGAACCAGUGCUACGUGGCCACCACCAAAUCACAGACAGCUUCCUUGCCUUUUGUUUUAGCAGCUGCAGUGUCUCGGAAGAAAAAACGAAGAAUGGGAACCUAUAGCCUGGUUCCUAAGAGAAAGACCAAAGUGUUAAAGCAGAGGACGGUGAUUGAGAUGUUUAAGAGUAUAACUCAUUCCACUGUGGGCACCAAGAGUGAGCAGGACCUGGGCGAUGGCGCCCUGCACGUGAAUGGGGAGAGCGUGGAGAUGGACUCGGAGGAGGACGACUCCGAGGAGCUCGACGAGGACGAGGACCAGGGGUCCGAGCAGGCGGCCGCGUUUCCCCCGGAGGACAGCAGGACUUCCAAAGAGAGUGCGUCGGGUAGCGACCGCACCCAGAAGAUGGACGGAGAGUCAGAAGAGGAGCAGGAGUCGGCCGGCACCGGGGAGGAGGAGGAGGAGGACGGAGACGAGUCUGACCUGAGCUCAGAGUCCAGCAUCAGGAAGAAGUUCCUCAAGCGGAGAGGCAAGCCCGACAGCCCCUGGGUCAAGCCCGCCAGGAAGCGGAGGCGGAGAAACAAAAGGAAGCCCAGCAGCGUGCUAGGUUCCGACGGGUACAUGUCGUCUCUGGGAAGCGCAGAGCCUGCGGCGCCGGGAGACAGCGCGGGGUACAUGGAAGUUUCUCUGGACUCCCUGGACCUCCGUGUCAAGGGGACGCUGCCUUCACAAGGAGAAGGGCUGGCCGGCGGUCCUGACGCAGGGGAGACGGACGGCCUUCAGGAAGUGCCCCUCUGCAGCUGCCGGAUGGAGACCCCGAAGAGCCGAGAGAUCACCACUCUGGCCAACAACCAGUGCAUGGCCACGGAGAGUGUGGACCACGAGCUGGGCCGGUGCACGAACAGCGUGGUCAAGCACGAGCUCAUGCGCCCGUCCAGCAAGGCGCCGCUGCUGGUGCUGUGCGAGGACCACCGGGGCCGGAUGGUGAAGCACCAGUGCUGCCCCGGCUGCGGCUACUUCUGCACGGCGGGCAGCUUCAUGGAGUGCCAGCCCGAGAGCAGCGUCUCGCACCGCUUCCACAAGGCCUGCGCCUCGCGCGUCAGCGGUGCCAGCUACUGCCCCCACUGCGGGGAAGAGGCCUCCAAGGCCAAGGAGGUGACGAUCGCCAAGGCAGACACGACCUCCACGGUGACCCUGGCCCCAGGGCAGGAGAAGAGCGCCUCGGGGGAGGGCCGGGCCGACACCACCACGGGCAGCGUUGCCGGCCCUUCGCUCUCCGAGGAUGACAAGCCACAAAGCAUGGCUGCCCCGAUACCCGAGAGCUUCGACCCUGCGGGGCCGGCCGGGCUGGCCAGGCCGGGACCUGGGAAGGAGACCUUGGAAAGCGCGCUCAUCGCUCUGGACUCGGAGAAGCCCAAGAAGCUGCGCUUCCACCCGAAGCAGCUGUACUUCUCCGCCAGGCAAGGGGAGCUGCAGAAGGUGCUGCUCAUGCUGGUCGAUGGCAUCGACCCCAACUUCAAGAUGGAGCACCAGAGCAAGCGGUCCCCACUGCACGCCGCGGCAGAGGCCGGCCACGUGGACAUCUGCCACAUGCUGAUCCAGGCGGGAGCGAACAUCGACACCUGCUCUGAGGACCAGCGGACCCCGCUGAUGGAGGCAGCGGAGAACAACCACCUGGACGCCGUGAAAUACCUCAUCAAGGCCGGGGCCCUGGUGGACCCGAAGGAUGCAGAGGGCUCCACCUGUUUGCACCUGGCCGCCAAGAAGGGCCACUAUGACGUGGUGCAGUACCUGCUUUCGAACGGACAGAUGGAUGUCAACUGCCAGGACGACGGCGGCUGGACGCCCAUGAUCUGGGCCACCGAGUACAAGCACGUGGACCUGGUGAAGCUGCUGCUGUCCAAGGGCUCGGACAUCAACAUCCGGGACAACGAGGAGAACAUCUGUCUCCACUGGGCGGCCUUCUCGGGCUGCGUGGACAUCGCCGAGAUCCUGCUGGCCGCCAGGUGUGACCUGCACGCCGUGAACAUCCACGGGGACUCGCCCCUGCACAUCGCCGCCAGGGAGGACCGCUACGCCUGCGUGGUCCUCUUCCUGUCUCGGGACUCAGACGUCAACCUGAAGAACAAGGAGGGGGAGACGCCGCUGCAGUGCGCGAGCCUCAACUCGCAGGUGUGGAGCGCGCUGCAGAUGAGCAAGGCGCUGCAGGACUCGGCCCCGGACCGGCCCGUCCCCGUGGAGAGGACCGUGAGCAGGGACAUCGCCCGGGGCUACGAGCGCAUCCCCAUCCCCUGCGUCAACGCCGUGGACGGCGAGCCGAGCCCGAGCAACUACAAGUACGUCUCCCAGAACUGCGUGACGUCCCCCAUGAACAUCGACCGGAACAUCACCCACCUGCAGUACUGCGUGUGCAUCGAUGACUGCUCCUCCAGCAACUGCAUGUGCGGCCAGCUCAGCAUGCGCUGCUGGUACGACAAGGACGGCCGGCUGCUGCCCGAGUUCAACAUGGCGGAGCCGCCCCUGCUGUUCGAGUGCAACCACGCCUGCGCCUGCUGGCGGACCUGCCGCAACCGCGUCGUGCAGAACGGCCUGAGGACGAGGCUGCAGCUCUACCGGACACAGAACAUGGGUUGGGGUGUGCGGUCCCUGCAGGACAUCCCCGUGGGCACCUUCGUCUGCGAGUACGUGGGAGAGCUCAUCUCCGACUCCGAGGCCGACGUGCGGGAAGAAGACUCGUACCUCUUCGACCUGGACAACAAGGACGGGGAGCUGUACUGCAUCGACGCGCGCUUCUACGGGAACGUGAGCCGCUUCCUCAACCACCGCUGCGAGCCCAACCUGGUGCCCGUGCGCGUGUUCCUGUCCCACCAGGACCUGCGCUUCCCCCGCAUCGCCUUCUUCAGCACCCGCCUGAUCGAGGCCGGGGAGCAGCUGGGGUUUGACUAUGGGCAGCGCUUCUGGGACAUCAAGGGCAAGCUGUUCAGCUGCCGCUGCGGGUCCCCCAAGUGCCGGUACUCCAGCUCCGCCCUGGCCCAGCGGCAGGCCAGCGCCGCGCAGGAGGCCCAGGAGGACGGCCUGCCCGACACCAGCUCCUCCAGCACCGGCUCCCGAUGAGGCGCCGCCGGACGCCGUCCACGCUGCAGUUCAGGGGACGAGAAGUGCUCGCUCGUGGCACCGGAGGGCCACGCCAGGCAGAGGUGCUGAGCCGGGCCUGCGCGGAGAGCGGCCCCUGGACGCCGCGGCACGCACCGGCACAGCCUCGCGCGUUUCUGGUGGUGGCUCGGUCGUUCCCACGUCUCCCGUUGCCUCUCUGCUCCCUGUGGUUCCCGUCCCACCGCUGGGCUGGUGGGGUGUCCAGUCGGCCCAGGUGCCUCCGUUUGGCGUCCGCCAAAGCCACCCUCACCUGCAAGCUGCUCUGUUGGACCCACCUGCCCGAGGUUCCAGUCGCUACACACACACCGUCCCCCCACCACCUGAGAGAGUUUGGGCUGAGCCGCCACAGGUGGAGAAGGGGGGGUUGCUUUUAAAGAAACCCCCGCAUCUGGUCCUCCGUCGGGCCUGCCACACGCCGCCCCUCCCGAGAGCGGACGCCCUGCGCAGCCCGCCGGGGCCGUGCCGGCUUCCUGUCGACUUCCGAGCCCCGUGCUAUGAUGAGGAGAAAACUGAUUAAUUUUCUACCGCUACCGAACAUUAGGACGACGCGAGAAUAAAACACAAACCACAGACAACGGUGCUGAUUCUGGUGUGGCUUCUGCUCACCAUGUGAAAUAAAUAUCAACUGUACAAAGAGAACAAAGUGAUUUUAGAAUAAAAUGCAGGAAAACUUUUUUAAGAUGUUAGUCUCGUAGUGUGGAUAAACUCGCCACCGCCUUUUGUGUGGUGGCCUGCGGGUCAUACCUUUUUUUUGGCAUAUACUUUUUUAAAGACUGUAACUAGUGCAGUAACAGUGGGGUUUUUGUGCGACUUCUAAAACAUUCAUAAUGCAGUCACGUUUAUUUUUUCUGUUGAAACGUUUUUGACAGUUUUGAGAGCAGUCUUUUGGCUCAAAACCAUUUCUUGUUCUGUUUUCAAUGAAAUCAAUAAAAAAAAAAACACUUUAAA